GCGACCGCUUCAAACUUGAAAUAUCCCGUACGCCGCCGCCGUUGCGUUCGCAGGCUGCUACUGCUGCUCGACACGAUGGACGGCGAGCAACGGUGGCACAACAGCUUCCCCGGCAACGUCAGGAAAGAGCUCAUUCACAGCCUGGGCACCUCCAGCAAGGAAACCUCGCCGCCGUCCGACCUGUGGACCGGAGGCCUCGUCUGCGCCUUCGAGUUCGUCCGCGGCCACGGCUUCGCUAGCCCAGCCAAUCUCUCACGGAGCAAUUCCUCCCAAUACUCAGCCAUGGAUCCCACGAAACUACCUGUCACCAAGUUGGGAGACGUUUCAUCUCAAGGUUCGGAGGACGGCGAGGAGCCGAGGCCAGCAUGCAAGCACGGGAAGGCGUCGCCGGAGAGCUACUGGGUGCCGAUCGGGUGGAGGAGGAUAGCGGAGCUGGCGGAGAUGGUGGAGGGGGACGCGGCGUGGGACGGGCAAGGGAUGAGCGGCCUCAUGGACGACGGCGGCGACCAGUGCUGCGAUAUAACCGUGGCCGACGUCGCCGCGCCGUACUGGCAGAGGCCGGCGGGGCCGACCUGGUGGUGCCACUUGACUGCGGGACACCCGGCGGUCGACACCUGGCUUGCCAGCGCGCGAUGGCUGCACCCAGCGAUCCGCGUGGCGCUCAGGGACGAGAGCAUGCUCAUCAGUGAGAAGAUGAAGCAUCUGCUGUAUGAGGUCCCGGUUAGAGUUGCAGGUGGCUUGCUGUUCGAGCUAUUGGGCCAGUCCGUGGGCGAUCCGGCCGGCGACGAAGAUGACAUUCCGAUCGUGCUCCGUGCAUGGCAGGCUCAAAAUUUUCUUAUAACAGCGCUUCAUGUGAAAGCUUCUGCACCCAACAUUAACGUCAUAGGGGUUACAGAGGUUCAGGAGCUUCUUUCUGCAUGUGGAAGUACAGCUCCUAAAAGUAUCCAUGAAGUUGUGGCGCAUUUGGCUUCCCGCCUUGCUCGAUGGGAUGACAGAUUGUGGCGCAAAUACGUGUUUGGUGCAGCCGAUGAAAUUGAAGUUAAAUUUGUCAACAGGAGAAAUCAAGAAGACCUAAACCUGCUGUGCAUAAUAUUUAACCAAGACAUUAGAAGGUUAGCCACUCAGGUUAUCAGGGUGAAAUGGUCACUACAUGCUAGAGAGGAGAUAAUAUUUGAACUGCUCGAGUAUUUGAGGGGAACCGCCACGAGGUCCUUGCUCGAAGCUAUCAGGAAAGACACGAGGCAAAUGAUUGAAGAGCAAGAGGCUGUCCGUGGCCGGUUGUUCACCAUCCAGGAUGUGAUGCAGAGCACUGUGCGUGCCUGGUUGCAGGAUAAGAGCCUUCGCAUCACGCAUAACCUGACCAUUUUUGGUGGGUGUGGCCUCAUUCUGUCAAUCAUCACCGGAUUGUUUGGAAUCAACGUGGACGGCAUACCAGGAGCUAAAGACACUCCAUAUGCUUUUGCAUUGUUCUCUGGGCUUCUGUUCCUGAUAGGGUUCAUGCUGAUCAUCGUCGGAAUCGUCUAUUUCGGACUGCAGAAACCGAUCAGUGAUCAGCAGGUCGAAGUGAGAAAGUUGGAGCUCCAGCAGCUAGUCUCCAUGUUCCAGCACGAGGCCGAGACACACGCCAAAGUGAGAGAGGGAGUCUUGAGGAGCGACUUGCCUCCUAGAGCAGCUGAUCUCAUCUAUGAUAAAGUGCGUAAACUUGGAAGGUAUUUAUCAUUUGAAGCAAAGUGUGAGCCAGCGCUUCAAGGUUACCACUUGGUUUCACUUUGCACCCUGUAGUGGCAAGAUAUGAGGCCAAGAGAGCAGCCGCAAAUGCGGUUGGUUCGUUGCAGCGUAUAGACCGUUUGUGAAGAAACCCCCAGCAUGUUGCAGAUCAGUUUUCCCUCACACACGGCAGCCUUUGAGACGAAGAUCUACCAUCGUCGCAUCUCUGUAAAGUCUACAUGUAUGUGGUAUCAGAAAUAGAAGAAUAUAUUAAUAUUGUGAAGAUACUAUUUUAUCCAGCCUCUGCAUAAAUAAAAUGUCUUAAAA